AAAUACUUCAGCACACACUGCCUGUCUGCUUGUGAGCUGUGUAUUUAUGGUCAGUGAAUGCUUGCUUGGCUGUGUUACACGACUCUGGUUAGCUUUAUUCGCCUUUCAUCUGAAGAGAAGCAAAUCGUAAGGACGACUUAAAUGAUGGGGGUCUCUCUGCCUCCGUGCGGGCAGGAGUGCCCUGGCUGGCUGGCCGAUUGUUAGCCAUGCUGCGACAGCAAGAACCCACAGUCAGCACCCUGCAUCUGGUGGCCAAUGAUAUGACCGAUAUCAUGGAGAACUUAGACACACGAGAACUCGACAUUGGAGAAGGGGAAGAUGAGUUUGACGCCCAGGACCCUGGCAGUGCAGAAAACUACAUCCCCUUCUCAGCCGUGUAUAAAACAAGAGGCUUUAAGGAAUCUGGAGCGCGCGUGUUUAUUCCCGCUGUUCCCAUAACCGCCAAAAUCUUGGAGGUGGAACGCUUCACUUCUGCCCAGGAUCGCUUCAACGUCACCAAACAGAGAAGCGUUUCUAAGGUGGUUCCUGCAGUAUUUAAGAUAGAAAUGAAACAUGGAAACUUCACCUGGUUGAUAAAAAGGAAGGAAAAACAUUUUAUGGAGCUUCAUAGAGAACUUCGCACUUACAAGACCUUCAUGCGAAUACCACUGCCCACCCGCAGUCACGCAGAGCGGAGGCAGACUGUAAAAAGAGAUCACGAACGGCACAUGCCAAGUCUACCGCGGGGAGGAGGAGAAGAACUGGCCAGGGAAGAACAAGUCUCAAGUAGAAAAAAACAACUUGAAGAGUACUUGAAUAAGCUGCUAAGGAUGCCAUUGUACAGAAACUACCACGCAACAAUGGAGUUUAUUGAUGCGAGUCAGUUGUCAUUCAUCCAUGAUUUGGGACCAAAAGGCUUAGAGGGCAUGGUGCACAAAAGAUCAGGAGGUCACCGUAUUCCUGGACUGAACUGCUGUGGCCAGAGUAAAAUGUGUUACCGCUGGUCUAAACGGUGGCUGGUGAUGAAGGACUCAUUUCUAGUGCUUAUGAAACCAGACACAGGUGCCAUCUCAUUCGUCCUGCUGGUGGACAGGGCGUUUGGCAUCAAAAUGGGCAGUAAAGACACUGAGACAAAACACGGCGUCCGCAUAGACAGUCUGUCCAGGACUCUGGUGCUGAAGUUCACCAGUUACCGGCACGCCCGCUGGUGGGGUCAGGCGCUCGAUGAAUUUGUGAAGAAUUAUGGCAGCAAUUUCCUUAAGGAACAUCGCUUUGGUUCCUUUGCUCAACAACAGAAGAACAUCCCUGCCAAAUGGUAUGUAAACGGAAAGCAGUUUAUGGAGGAUGUGGCAAACGCAAUGGAGGCGGCGGAGGAGGAGAUCUUUAUCACUGACUGGUGGCUGAGUCCUGAGAUCUUCCUCAAGAGACCGGUUGUCGAGGGCAACCGCUGGCGACUUGACUCCGUUCUGAAACGACAAGCGCAAAAGGGAGUGAAGAUCUUUGUAAUGCUGUAUAAGGAAGUGGAACUGGCUCUUGGAAUAAAUAGCGAAUAUAGCAAACGGACACUACUUCAACUUCACCCCAAUAUCAAGGUAAUGAGGCAUCCUGACCACGUGUCAUCUUCUGUGUACUUGUGGGCACAUCAUGAGAAGAUUAUAGUCAUUGACCAAUCGGUGGCUUUCGUGGGAGGCAUUGACUUGGCGUACGGCCGCUGGGAUGAUAGGGAACAUCGGCUGACUGACAUAGGAAGUGUCACCAGGACUCUUCAAGCUUCUGCAGAGAACAUGUCUGAAGUUUCUCCCACUAUGGCCGCUUCAUCAAAUGGUUCCAGCGCAGCACACAGUAACGGCAAAAGUCGACCUGUGGACACCGCAGACCAGCCCAAACUGAAAGGACAAGGAAAGAUCAAAAAGACUCGUUUUAGCAUCCGCAGGCACCUGCAGAAACACGGGCUGGCACAUGCAGACAGCGUCAGCAGCGAUGAGAGCUUAGAAGACACAGAAGCUGCCCAGGUUCUGGAGGAAGACGUCAUAGGGCUGAUGGGAAACACACGUUUUUGGCAUGGCAAGGAUUACUGUAACUUUGUACAUAAAGACUGGAUCCAGCUGGACAAACCUUUCGAUGAUUUCAUUGACAGGCACAUAACUCCCAGAAUGCCUUGGCAUGACAUCUCCUCUGUGGUUCAUGGGAAAGCAGCCAGAGAUGUUGCACGGCACUUCAUACAGCGCUGGAAUUUCACCAAGAUCAUGAAGCCCAAAUACAGGUCCCUCUCAUACCCGUAUCUUCUUCCUAAAUCUCACACGACUGGAAAUGAGAUCAAGUAUCAGGUUCCUGGAUGCACGCAGACUAAUGUUCAGGUGUUGCGAUCUUCCGCAGACUGGUCAGCAGGGAUAAAAUAUCACGAAGAGUCGAUUCAUACGGCUUAUAUCAAUGCAAUUGCACGCAGCAAACAUUAUAUCUACAUCGAGAACCAGUUUUUCAUUAGCUGCGCAGACAACAAAGUUGUUCACAAUAAAAUCGGAGACGCCAUCGCCCAGAGAAUCAUUAAAGCUUAUCGGGAGGAUAAAAAGUACCGCGUUUAUGUGGUGACUCCUCUGCUUCCUGGUUUUGAGGGGAAUAUCAACACGGGGGGAGGCAGUGCCAUACAAGCCAUACUGCACUUCAAUUACAGGACCAUGAACAGAGGAGAUUGCUCCAUUAUAUCACAACUGAAGAGAGAAAUGGGAGAUCAGUGGAUAAAUUACAUCUCAUUUGGAGGUCUGAGGACACACGCUGAGCUGGAGGGAAGGCUGGUGACUGAGCUGAUCUAUGUGCACAGCAAGAUGCUCAUCGCUGACGACAACACGGUCAUCAUUGGUUCGGCCAAUAUCAAUGACCGGAGCAUGCUGGGUAAGAGAGACAGUGAGGUGGCUGUAAUUUUUGAGGACACCGAGACUGUGAAAUCUCUCAUGGACGGCGAGGAAUAUCAGGCCGGGCUUUUCGGACGGAGCUUGCGCCUGGAGUGUUUCAGGAUGAUCCUAGGCGCAAACACAGACCCCAGCAUUGAUGUAACCGACCCAAUAAGCGACCAGUUUUACAAAGAGGUGUGGAUGGCCACUGCUGCGCGCAAUGCAACCAUCUACCAGAAGGUGUUUCGCUGCUUGCCGUCCAGUGAUGUCAGGACAAUUAUGGAGUUGGAUGGGUUCCUCUCAAAGCCUGGCUUGGAGAAAGAGGACUUUGCCCGUGCACAAGAGGAACUGAAAAAGAUUCGGGGUUUUCUUGUCCAGUUUCCUCUCCAGUUCCUCUGCGAUCAGAACCUUCUGCCACCUAUCGGAUCAAAAGAAGGCAUGGUACCCAUGGAGGUGUGGACAUGAGAGACACAUCAUCAGGCUAAAUUAAAAUAAACUUCUAGAAGGAGUAUCAGAGAAAUCUGAGCAAUUCACCAGAAUCACCGUUUAUUACAUUUCCCGGAACGAAAUGUACGUUCGAAGGAUUUUUAGCCAUUAGUUGUUUGUUUACCCACCUGGGACUGAGAACAACACCAAAUAGGUUUGUUUUAUUCCUUCUUCAAAGCUUGAUUGUCUGAAUGUUUUAUACAUGUUGUAUGUGUCCUCUUCAUUCUAACACUAUGCAACUAAUAAUGUUGUUAUGAACUACUGGAAGUCCUACAAGAUGAUGAAGUCUCAGGGGUCCUGGGUGGUGCAUGAGACAGAUGCUUUAAAAUGAUCAUUUGUUCAUUAUUUAUUAUUGAACAAUUCUGUGCCGUGUAAAAUGCAUUGAAUAUGAUUAUUCUCUGCGUCUAUGUGCCAACUAGCAACAUGUCACUUUUUGGGUAACUUUUUGUAUAUGCAGUACAAAGCCUAAAACUUUCCUUGUGUUUCGGAGCCCUGUACUAUAUCGCAGAGUAAUUUACGGGUCUUUGUUUUUCCUAUUUUACAAAUUUACCAUGUUUUCGUGGCCUUAUUUAUUUACUGUGUUAUCUGUCAUACUGCUGGUGCCGGGUAUGAGCUAAAGUCCACCAAAUCAUUAAUCUAUUCAGUAUUCAGAUAUGGCUAAUGUUACUUGUCUAUACUGUACAGUAUACUGUAUUAACAUGCUAUGCUUGAACGUUUAUGAAGAAUACAUUCUUGAAGUAAUGAAAUCAUCAAUCAGACAUAACAGUUUUGAAUCAGAUAGAAACAUGCUUUUUAAGUAUAAAAUAAACUAAAGAGAUCACAAUUUGCAUUAUAAAUAUGCAGGAAGUUUUUGUUAGCCAGGCACUCUGAAUUCUGCAUUGUUUACUAAGUUUCUGCACUAUUAUGGUAUUUCAGUUGAUCAGAUAUACCUGAUGUUUCAUUUUCCUUUUUUGUCCUUUGUCUCUAUACCCUUUUCCACAAAUUGCAUUUUUUGCACACAAUAGUCUUUGACUUGCAUUGAAAUGUAUGAAAUAUGUGCAUUGAUGUAAUGCAGAUGAUUAAAUAAUGAUUUUCACACUAUACUGUGGUCUGUAGAUGGAGUCAUUUUAUUAUGAAUUACAGUAUUAUGGAACCAUAUAUCUGACCACCGUUCAAAAGUUUAGGGUUAUUUGAUUGAAAUAUU